AUGGAUGAAGCGACCGAAAAAGCGAAGAAGGUUAGGAAGGCGCGACGCAGCACCUUUACGAAGACGCUGAAUGCGUUAAAUGAGAAACUGGAUACGCAAAACCCGGAUCGGGAAGAGAUCCUCGUAACCCUCGAAUUAUUGAUGGAGAAGAUGAAGGACCUGGAAUUUGUGACGCAGGAUAUAUUUCUACUCAUGAUAGACGGGGGUGCUACCGAAGAACAGAUCGCCACAGAAAGCGAUAGUAUAGAUGAAUACAAGAGUAAAUUUAUGCGAGCAAAGAUGAGAGCCACGUGCGUGACUACAACGACGACGGCGACGUCGACGUCGUCCGUUGAUAGAGAGAUGAUUAUGCGCGACAGGAGGAAAACAUACAAGUUACCAAGAAUCGAACUACUGAAAUUCAGUGGAAGCAUUCGCGAAUGGUUGCAGUUUUGGUCUUGUUUUAAGAAAAUUCACGAAGAUGCAGACAUUGUGGACGAGGAUAAAUUCCAAUAUCUCAUUCAAGCUAUUGUUCCCGGUUCGAGAGCUAGCGAGCUUGUACGGAGUUUUCCGCCAACGGGCGAGAAUUAUGCAAAGGUGUUUAAAGAAUCGCUUCGGUCGAAGGGCGAGAAGAGCACGUUGUCUACUCUAUACGAUAAACUCGAGUCACACUUGCGCGCCUUCGAGACGCUUGGCGUCACUACCGAUAAAUGUGACGCCAUGUUGUACCCAUUGGUCGAAUCUUCACUACCGGAAGAACUGUUGCGUGCAUGGCAGAAAUCGACGAUUCCGGGAAAUACGGAGAUCGGGUACGAAUCAAAGGAUCGCCUAAUAAAAUUGAUGGAGUUCUUACAAUCUGAAGUCGAGAAAGAAGAACGGAUAUCGAUGGCAGUCACGGGUUUCGGCUUAAAUAACGAAAAUGAUAUGGCGAAGAAACAUAAGCCCAAGGUUGAUUUUAAUAAAAAUAUACCGUCUGCUACCGGUCUUUUAACGACGAAAGCUGAGAAGAAAAUGUGUAUAUUUUGCGGUAAUGAUCACGCGAGGGCGGAGUGCGAAAAGGCGCGUAAAAUGUCUUUUUCGGAAAGACAGGAUGUGAUCAAGCAAAAGAAAGCUUGUUUUAAUUGUUUGAACAUGGGACAUAUAUACAAACGUUGUAGAGUGCCGGUCAAGUGCGCGUGGUGUAGCAAGCGACAUACGCUAUUGAUGUGUCCAGAGAUGUCGAAGGAUAAAACGCCACUCGAAGGUUCUUCGGGCAAGAAGGCAGAGACCGUCAGCGAACAGAAUCUGGCCAACUCGUCGUGCAGCCCAGCAGUGUAUCUAAUGACAUUGCGUGUGAAACUGAAGAAUGGGGAAAUAGAAUGCAAUGUGCGCGCUAUUGUGGACACGGGUUCGCAAAAAUCAUAUAUAUUAAGAAGUGCCGCAAGUGAAAUUGGCUAUCGACCAAUAGACAAAGAGACAAUCAUGCACACUCUGUUCGGUGGAGUGAAGUCGGAACCGCGAGAGCAUAAUGUGUAUCUUAUUCACGCGAGUGCUGUGAACGGACGGUAUGCAUGUAGUUUUAAAGCCACAGACGAAGAAAAAAUCUGUGAUAAUGUUCCGUGUGUUGGCCGCGGACCAUGGCUGAGUGAGUUAAGAAGACUGAACAUCGAGCUCACAGAUGUCGAUAGUCAAGAGGAUCCGAUCACAAUACUAUUAGGAGCCGAUGUUGUAGGAAAAUUAAUUAGCGGGAAUCGUCGCAAUCUAAGCAGCGGGCUGGUGGCUGUCGAGACGUUCUUGGGUUGGACGCUUAUGGGGAAGGUCCCAGGAAGUGUCGUGCGUACAGACUCAGCGCUGAUGAUUACGUCGAUGUUCGUACAAGAAGCAACUGUUCCCGAUCUCUGGAGUUUGGAUAUCCUUGGUAUCACCGAUCCGGCACAAAAGAAGACGAAAGAAGAAAAGGAUGCAACUGUGAUGAACGAUCUUCGGCAAACGAUAAAACUGACAAGCGAUGCGCGUUAUGAAGUGCAGUUGCCAUGGGCUGAAGAUCAUGCGCCUCUUCGUGAUAACAAGAGAUUGGCGCUGAAAAGACUAGAAGCUGUUAGAAGACGCUUACAGGCAGAAGACUAUUAUAAAGCCUAUGAUGCAGUUUUGAAAGAAUGGCUGGAAGAAGGGAUUAUCGAAAUAGUUCCGGACGCCGAAAUUGAAAAGUCCGCAUACUAUCUGCCUCAUAGACAUAUGGUGAAGCCGAAUAGUACUACAAAAGUGCGCCCAGUAUUUGAUGCGUCGGCGAAAGAAGGCAAUUAUCCGUCGUUAAAUCAGUGUUUAGAAAAGGGACCCAACAUGAUUGAACUAAUUCCGACAGUAUUGCUGAAUUUUCGAAGAAGUCGCAUCGGCGUUAUAUCCGAUAUAAAAAAGGCCUUUUUGCAGAUAGACAUUCGAAACGAGGACAGAGAUUUUUUGCGUUUUCUAUGGUGGAAAAAUAACAAAACGGAUCAAAUAAUCGUGUACAGACACGCACGUGUCGUGUUCGGAGUCUCCAUUAGUCCGUUUAUUUUAGGAGCGGUUAUAGAAUUGCAUUUACAGACUAUUUUGGCACGUGAUCGACGAAUUGCAGGUUCAAGCAGGAGCAACAGUAUCCUGAAGCUGAUGAACAGUUUUUACGUGGAUAAUUGUGUCACCAGCGUGGACUCUAACGAAGAAUUGCAGGAAUUUAUGCACACCGCAACCUCGGUAAUGGCUGAAGGCAAAUUCGAGCUGCGAGGUUGGGAGUAUACGAGGGAUGACUCCUGUGGAUCUCCAACGCCAGUUCUGGGUAUGUUGUGGAAUAAGAUCGAGCAUACCUUGUCAUUGAAUCCGGCAGCGUUAGAGCAGAAUGAGACAAAGCAAAAGGUCAUCACGAAGAAGACGAUCUUAUCUGCCGUUCACAGAGUGUUCGAUCCGAUUGGCUUUGCCUGCCCGGCGAUGUUGUGUCCUAAAUUGUUACUCCAGAAGGCAUGGGUGUCAGGCAUCGAUUGGGAUGCAGAGGUGAUUGAAGAAGUCAAAACGGAGUUUCUACGUUGGAUUAAAGAGCUGCCGCUAUUGAAGGAAGUUAAAAUUUCUAGAGGAAUGUUAGCCGAACCAAUAAAUGAAGAUAGCCUUAGUAUUCACACAUUCCGCGACGCCAGUCAAAAUGCGUAUGCGGCGGUGGUUUUCGCGCGAACGGAAGGUCCUCCGGGAGUUAGAACUCAGCUGAUAGCGGCCCAGACAAGAGUAUCUCCAGUGAAGAAGGUGACAAUUCCACGUCUGGAAUUGUUAGCUGUGACAGUGGGUGCUACACUGAUCGAUUUUGUGGUGAAGGUUGUUAAAGUUGAAAGGAUUUCGAUAUUCAUGUGGACGGAUUCUACGACGGCUCUAUCCUGGAUUCAAAGAGAGUCUCAAUGGAACACGUUUGUGUGGAAUCGUGUUCAAGAAGUAAGGGAACUCGCUGAACCAAAGUUAUGGAGACAUGUUCCUGGAGGAAUGAAUCCAGCAGAUUUACCUUCCCGUGGAUCUACGGUGAAGCAGCUGAUCGCUUCGCGAUGGUGGGAGGGUCCAGAGUGGCUGCGACGUCCCGCAAAAGGAUGGCCAUCGGGCGAAUUCGAAAUCAACGAGGAGGACAUGAAUGCAGAGAGGGAGAAGACAUCCACGUCUUUAGUGAGCUGCGAUGAACGAGCUGGACUGUCGACGGAGCUAACUGUGAGUCAAGUUACCAGUGAGCGAAUGGAGCAAUUGGACUGGUAUGAGCGUUAUUUCUCCACGUAUCAUAAGAUUGUGAGAUUGGUCGGAUGGGUAAGUCGAUUUGUUACUUAUUGUAUGAAUCCGCCUUCUGCGUGUAUGAAAGGAGAGUUAUGUGCACGAGAAUUUAGUGCUGCCGAAAUUAAAUUAUUAAAGCUAGUACAGCAACGAUGUUUUAAAGGCGUUAGUGACUCGAGACUUAGCUCGCUAAAUCUGUGUAUCGAUAAAGAUGGAUUAAUACGUGUAACGACUAAAAUUACGAACCGUCCGGAUACGUAUAAUUUUCGGUAUCCCGUAGUGUUAGAUUCUAAAGAUUCGAUUGUUAAAUUGCUCGUUAAAGAGAGCCACGAAAGACUGUGUCAUACAGGGGUGCAGACGUUAGUGAGUGAUAUUAGAGAGCGAUAUUGGAUACUUGCCGCUAGACGAGCUGCUAGAAGAGUGAUAGAUAAAUGUGUGAUCUGUAAGAGACAAAAGGGCAAGCGUCUAAAGGCGAUACCCACUCCGUUGCCGACUGACAGAGUAAGAGAUGCCGCUGUGUUCGAAGUAACCGGUGUAGAUUUAGCGGGGCCGGUAUUUCUUAAAGUGAAUCAAAAGGCACGGAUAUGUCUUUUUACAUGUGCGAUAUAUAGAGCCGUGCACCUUGAGUUGGUGACUUCUUUGUCUACUUCUGCGUUCAUCGAAGGCCUUCGUAGGUUUGUAGCUAGUCGCGGAAGACCAAGUGUUAUGUAUAGUGACAAUGGCACUAAUUUUGUUGGCGCGGUAAAGUUACUUCGCAAGGUAGAUUGGAAAAGAGUCUCGGAAUAUAGUUCUGUUCAAAAAUUAGAUUGUCGUCUUAACCCGCCCAGUGCUGCCUGGUGGGGCGGAUUUUGGGAGCGGAUGAUAGGUUUACUGAAACCGCUUUUGAGAAAGAUACUAGGCAAAGCAUGUUUAUCCUACGAAGAGAUGUUAACGUCUUUAUGCGAUUGCGAAGCCAUUGUUAAUGCGCGUCCUAUUACUUACGUGUCAAACGAUCCGAUGGAUUUGUGUCCACUGACUCCCUCCAUGUUUUUACAGGAAGUUAGAGAAAUUGGAAUGCCGGAUUGCGAUGAUGUGAAUCGAUGCGAUAUUAAUAAGCGAUUGCGGUACAGACAAAUGUUAAGGGAAGACUUACGUCGGCGUUUCCGAUCGGAAUGUUUAGGGAAGUUAUCGUACAAAUCCAAAACGAGAAAUUUAGCGUCAGUUAUCGGUGUGGGUGACGUCGUAUUAGUCGGAAAUGACGAUCGGAAGCGCAUGGAUUGGCCUCUGGCACGCGUAAUGGAAGUGAUUCGCGGAAAAGAUGGCAACGUACGAGUUGUGCGAGUGAAGACUCCGCGUGGUGAGUUAAUGCGUCCUGUACAACGUUUGUACCCUCUUGAAGUGUCGAAUAAUGAGAGAUCAGCGAUGUUGCCGCGGAGCAGCAUACCUUGUAAUGUCACGCCAGAGCCAGAGACUGUCAUGGAUAAUAGUAAUGAUGCGAUCAGUCCAUGUAAACAGUUUGUUACUCGAAGCGGACGCAUAAGUAGGGAACCGGAUAGGUUAAAAUUGUAA